AUGGCUCCUGAAGAAAAGCCUAGCACUGCUCCUGCGAAAAGGGCUGUCCACAAGAUCCGAAUGGCCAGCCAGGUCUUCAGCUUGGCACGAGGCUGGCAGCAAUGGGCAUCUGACCACCAUGUAAAGCAAGAGCAAGAGCCCUCUGGAUGGGUCCCCACUGCAGAAGCCUCAUCAGAUCAGCCUGUACAAGAAAAAAAAGAUGAUGAAAAAUUCUUAGCAAAGGGAUCAGUGACAAUAAGAAAUCCUGAAAAAAAAUCAAGGGAAUCAGAUGAAGACCUCAAAAUGUUCAACAUUAAAAGCAAAGAGGUGACCAAAACAGUUGUCAGCAAAGCCUACGAACGAGGGGGCGAUGUCAGCCUCCUCAGUGAAAGAUAUGAGAACAACAGCAACUCCGAGAUGACCAAACUCAAAGAAGAAUCAAGUGCUAUUGACAAACUUCUUAGCAGCAAAUUACCUUCAACUAUAAGGAGGAAGUGUUCAAAUGUGGUAUCAGAGCUGACCAAGGGCUGGGAGAAGAUGGAAGAAGAGGACAAAGAUGGGGCCAAAGGAGAGCUGCUGCUUAAGUGUCGUGAUGACAGCCUGGAUGCCCAGGACAGUGGCUAUGGGGAAGCAGAGGACAAGCUCGAGCAGGAAGACAGUGACCGGGAGGUGACGGCUGUGAGGAUUAAACGGCCUGUCCCAUCUCUGGCCAGCCGGCUGAGCGAGGAGGCGCAGAGCAAGGCGCGCAGGAAAUGCAGCGCUGUGCACAGCCUCAAGGACAGGUGGCAGGAAUGGGCAGACCAGCACAUCAUAACACAGAAGCUGAACCCCUUCAGCGAGGAGUUUGACCACGAGCUGGCCAUGUCCACGCGCCUGCACAAAGGAGAUGAAGGAUACGGCCACCCAAAGGAAGGAACCAAAACUGCUGAGAGAGCCAAGAGAGCUGAGGCCCACAUCCACCGGGAGAUCAGGGACAUGUGCUUCAUCAUUGAAUCGAUGGCCAAGCCACGGCCUGACGGCAAGAUCCAAGUCACUUUCGGGGAACUCUUCGACAGAUACGUUCGAAUUUCAGAUAAGGUUGUUGGGAUUCUGAUGAGAGCUAGGAAACACGGGCUGGUGGACUUUGAAGGAGAAAUGUUAUGGCAAGGAAGAGAUGAUAAUGUCAUAAUUACUUUAUUAAAAUAA